UCACAUAGUGAAGUUGGAAAACAUACCCGGGACCUCCCUGCACGUCGGCACAGCCUGCUCUUCCCUGAGGGGCUUCGGGAAGAUGCGCCCCGACGCCUGCACUCUGGGAACGCAGGGAUAGGGUGUCCGGGAGGGAUGCGGGUCCUAAAGGGGUGGACCAUUCCUCCCCUGGCCCUCCAGGCUGUCAGUGUUGUGCUGAGCCAGUCGUUCAGUGCCCCAGAUAUCUGGAGGGGUAACACCAUGCUCCUCCCCCCUCAGAGCACCCUCUGUGUCCAGAUGCCAGAGUAGCUACCCUGUCCUCUGGUCCCCAGCCCAGGGGCAGUCACAGGAAGAGCAAUGGAGACUUGGCUGGGCAGGCUCUGGCUGUGUGUAAUGCUGUUCCUGCCUCUCCUUCAGCUCUGCCAGGAUCAGGAGUUGUUUGGACCUUCUCCUCAGCCGCCAUCAGAGGAGGGCCAGGUCCCUGAGGGCCUCUGGGGACCUUGGGGCCGAUGGGCCUCCUGCUCCCAGCCCUGUGGGGUGGGGGUGCAGCGCAGAAGCCGAUCUUGUGAACUACACCCAGUCCUGCCCCUCCCUCCCCGACCCCCAAGACAUCCAGAAGCCCACCGGCCCCGGGGCCAGGGCUCCAGACCCCAGACUCCACGGGCUCCCCAGUCCCUGUAUAGGCCACAGCCUCGGGGAAGGGGUGGUCCUCUUCGAGGUCCUGCUUCUCAAGUGGGGAGAGAGGAAACCCAGGAGCCUCAAGGGGUCCAGAGGUUCCGAGUUCGAGACCCUAUCAAGCCAGGGAUGUUCGGUUAUGGGAGAGUGCCUUUUGCCUUGCCUCUGCACCGGAGCCGCAGACAUCCUCACAAACCUGGACGACCCAAGAACUCUUCUACAGGGGAAGAAACACUUCCAUCCCAACCUCCAAGCACAGAACUGGCCUCUGAAAAGCAGAGCCCCCACAUGCAGCCCCCUGAGCUGCGUACCCAACCCCAUUCUCCCUCAGCUGAAACUCCAAGGUCAGGAAUUGCUCAGACAGAAGUGCCCCCCAGAACCAGUUCUGCUCCUUCUCACACAGGGAUUCCUGCACCCACCUCCUCCUUUGGAGAUAGUAGGUCUUUCCAGGGAUCCCCUGGGCCACGAAUGCCAACUUCCCAGGGAAGUUGGAGCAGUCCCCAGGGAGCAGAGCGACAUCCACAUCCUUUCUUUCCUGUCACCCGGAGCCAGCAGAGCAGGAGGCACUGGAGACCUCCAGGGAGUCCUCACAGGUCCCCAGAUGGCUGGCUGCCUCUGACAAGAGACUCCAGCCCACUCUGGAGCCUCUUUGCUCCCAGUAGUCCCAUUCCAAACUGUUCUGGAGAAAGUGAACAGAUGAGAGCCUGCAGCCAAGAGCCUUGCCCCCCUGGGCAGCCAGACCCUAGGACCCUGCAGUGCGCCGCCUUUGACUCCCAGGAAUUCAUGGGCCAGCUGUACCAGUGGGAGCCCUUCAUGGAAGUUCAAGGCUCCCAGCGCUGUGAACUUAACUGCCGCCCCCGUGGCUUCCGAUUCUAUGUCCGACACACUGAAAAGGUGCAGGAUGGAACCCUGUGUCAGCCUGGAUCCCUAGACAUUUGUGUGGCUGGACGCUGCCUGAGCCCCGGCUGUGAUGGAAUCCUUGGCUCUGGCAGGCGUCCGGAUGGCUGUGGAGUCUGUGGGGGCGAUGGUUCUACCUGUCGUCUCGUUUCGGGGAAUCUCACUGACCGAGGGGGCCCCUUGGGCUAUCAGAAGAUCCUGUGGAUCCCCGCGGGAGCCUCCCGUCUUCACAUUUCCCAGUUCAGACCCAGUUCCAAUUACCUCGCACUUCGAGGGCCCGGGGGCCGCUCCAUUAUCAAUGGCAACUGGGCUGUGGACCGUCCAGGGUCCUAUCAGGCCAUCGGAACUGUUUUCCAGUAUAACCGGCCUCCUCGGGAGGAAGGCAAGGGGGAGAGUCUGUCAGCAGAGGGCCCUACCACCCAGCCUGUGGAUGUCUAUAUGAUCUUUCAGGAGGACAACCCAGGUGUCUUUUAUCAGUAUGUCAUCUCUUCUCCUCCUGCGGUCCUAGAGAGUCCUUCCACAAAGCCUCCAGCCCUUCAGCUUCAGCCUGAGAUGCUGAGAGGGGAGCCCCUACUCCCCUCAGCCCCCCGCCCAGUUCGGGCACCAGGCACCCUCCAGCGUCAGGUUCGGAUUCCCCAAGUGCCUCCUCCAACUCACGUCAGGACAGCCAUGGGGUCUUUGGCUGGAUACUGGAAGCAAGUGGGGCACUCUGAGUGUUCAGCAUCCUGUGGCAAAGGUGUUUGGCGCCCCAUUUUCCUCUGCAUUUCCCGUGAGUCAGGAGAGGAGCUGGAUGAACAGAGCUGUGCUGUGGGGGCCAGGCCUCCAGCUUCUCCUGAACCCUGUCAUGGACCCCCAUGUCCCCCAUACUGGGAGGCUGGGGAGUGGACAUCCUGCAGCCGAUCCUGUGGCACUGGCACGCAGCAUCGCCAGCUGCUCUGCAGACAGGAAUUUGGAGGUGGUGGCUCCUCAGUACCCCCAGAACGCUGUGGACAUCUCCCCCGGCCCAACAUCACCCAGCCUUGUCAGCUGCACCUCUGUGGCCACUGGGAGAUUAGCUCCCCCUGGAGCCAGUGCUCUGUGCGCUGCGGGCGUGGUCAGAGGAGCCGGCAAGUUCGGUGUGUUGGAAGUAAUGGCUAUGAAGUGAGCAAGCAGGAGUGUGCUUCAGGGCCCCCUCCACCGCCCAGCAGAGAGGCCUGUGACAUGGGCCCCUGUACCACAGCCUGGUUCUACAGUGACUGGAGUUCCAAGUGUUCCUCAGAGUGUGGGUCUGGCACACAGCACAGAGACAUUAUCUGUGUGUCCAAACUGGGGGCUGAGUUCAAUGUGACUUCUCCCAGCAACUGUUCCCACCUACCCAGGCCCCCUGCCCUGCAACCCUGUCAGGGGCAGGCCUGUGAGGACCGAUGGUUCUCUACUCUCUGGAGCCCGUGUUCUCAGUCCUGCCAGGGAGGCAUGCAGACGAGGGAAGUCCAGUGCCUGAGUAGCAACCACACUCUCAGUUCCCGAUGUCCUCCUCACCUGCGACCUUCCAGGAAGCGGCCCUGUAACAGCCAACCCUGCAACCAGCGACCAGAUGACCAAUGCAAGGACAGUUCUCCACAUUGCCCCCUGGUGGUACAGGCCCGGCUCUGCGUCUACCCCUACUACACAGCUACUUGCUGCCGGUCAUGUGCCCAUGUUCUGGAGCAGUCUCAGCUGGAUCCUGCUUGAAAUGGGUCCAAGAGACCCUCUCUUCGUAGUUUUUCUUAUGCCACCCACUGACUAGCCGGCUCUGUAUCCUCUGGCUUCUCGCCUGGUCUCAGCCUUGCCAGAGGGAUCCAGGGUGAAAGACCUACAGUGUGAUAACCCAAGAGUCCCUGACCUACCUGGGUGUUUGCCCCCCUGUGUACGUUCAUCACUUUCUCAAAAGCAGCCUGAGAAAGAACAGGAAGUGGGCAGUGCUUGUUUCCCUCAUACUUUUUGGGGCUGAGGAGAAAGCAAGAUUACAUUUCCACACUCCUCUGAGCUACACAGUGUGUGCCCCAGCCCUUAUCUCCACAUCAGGCCUCACAUCUUUCUAAGUCACCCUGUUGAUCCUAACCCUGCCUUAUCUAGUCUCUGUAUUCCUACCUCCCUAACUAGCAGGGGCAGGGGUCAGCCACUGCUACCUUACCCGGGAAAGACCACACCUCCAGAGCAGGGACCAGUUGUGUCAAGGGUGAAAAAGGGUCAGCAUGAGACACCCUAGCCCCACCCCCACUUCACACUGAAAAUGAUGCCCACCCCAGAAGUAAUUUAUUUUUUAUUAAAGUUGAUUGUGACAAAUAUUGUGAUCUUCAUGGGGACCCCACCAUCUGAGCCCUGUGAGGCCAGAAUGUGGUGUGGGAAGGGAGCUGCAUUUAGGGAUGGGAGGAAGGUGUGGUCCUCACGGGCUGUGGAGUGAGCUUCAGACCUGGAGCAUCCCGUCCCACCCAAGAACUGCAGAUGGCUCGUUGGCCACUAGGGGCCGCUACUUUUCCCAGUUUAGGAGCCGUAAUGGGUGCUUGGAUCCCAGUAGGGAUCCUAUGGUAGGCUUUUGGGUAGGCUCUUUCUGUAGUCUCUAGGAAUCCAGCAGGACUUUUCAAUCCAGGGCCAAGCGGGCUUGUGUGUGCUUGUGGGGCACGGGGGUGCUUUUCAGGUUCUCUUGCUCUGGCCUGUCUUCUCUUUAACCCAGUUCCCUGUUAGAUGCUUGCUUACUGCUUCCCUUCAGUGCACGUGGUGGUGACUUUGCCCCCUCCCCUUGCUCAGCAGAAUCACAGGAGCUUGGCCUGACUCUGUGACUGCAGGAUGAGGGAGGGGCCAAGGCAGGACCAGAUGUCCUGCCAGAGACACAUUCCUCAGAGAUGUCUCACCAGGCCUCCUC